AUGUACUAUAUUGAUGACUUGACGACGCAGUCAUCUAUAUACUCCGCAUCUUAUCCUGCAGUGUAUAUCCAGGACGUCGAACGUCGAACGUCGAACGUCAAACGUCAAACGUCAAACGUCAAUCGAACACUAACACACCGCAACAAGAAUCACAAUAACAAUAACAAUACAAUGGCUCCAAAACGACAAGCAGCCACGAGCCCAUCCUCCUCCUCCGGCAGCUCUACGCCAGCAACAACGACAACAGCGACGACAACAACAACAACGACAUCGUCCUCCUCGUCGUCCUCGUCCGGACCAGUCUCCCUAUCACCCAAUUCCCCUCCGCAAGUAAUCAUCCAGCACAUCUGGCAGCGAUACAUACAGCAAACGCCUCCGCGCACAUUCCUACUCGAUGCAUUCAUGGCAUUUCUGGUCGUUGUGGGGGCAGUACAGUUUGUGUAUUGCGUUUUGGCGGGGAAUUACUUUGUCUUAACUGCUAGUUUGCGGAUGCAGACGAGUCCUGCUCCUAGCGUCGUCGGUUCCAAUAAUAAAUCGUCAUCGUCAUCGUCAUCGAAAGGGAAGAACGCCUCCAGCGGGGCUUCUUCGGCGGAGGAUACGAAUGUGGAGACUUCGCAUGAGAGAACGUAUUAA